CUUAAAUUCAAUACAGUUAUCUUUGAGAAUUCUCUUAAAUUACAAAUCAAAUAAAUAGUUAAUUUCUUGUUGUUAAGUCAACACAAACUCGCUAGAGUUUUCGACCGAAAACAAUUGUGUAAAUGUUGAUGUGAAGUUCCGCUCAGAUUUAAAAUUCAAGUUCCAACGAUGCUAUAAAAGCCAAGCGUUAUUCCGGAAUAUCAUCAAAGGCUUCCUGUUUCCCAUUAUGUCUGCAUAUCGUACUCUGCUCUUAACUCUGUGCUUGGCCAGUGUGUGCUUUGCUUAUAACAUCACAGAUCACAUAGAUCCUCGCAUUAUUGGCGGCCAUGUGACGAGCAUCAACGAGCUCAAGUACCUUGUGCAAGUGUCCACUAGUAAUACGAUCUGUGGCGGAUCUUUGAUCACAACCCGUUGGGUAAUCUCAGCGGCGCAUUGCGUGUACAAUGCCAAUCUCGAUGACUUGAAAGUCAUUGGCGGCACAUCCAAACAGGGCGAUACAACGAAUGGCGUAGUACGUAGAGUCAAUAUGGUGGCCACACCAAAGGAAUUCAGCAUCAAGACGCUGAACAUGGAUGUGUCCGCGUUAUAUUUGGAUUCAGACAUGACGGGCACCAAUGUGGAGACUAUAAAAUUGGCCUCACAAUCAGUGCCAGCUGGCCAACUCGUUAAGGUUUCAGGCUGGGGCGCCACCUCAAAGACAUCCUCCGAAACAGCAUUGUAUGUGCACAGCGUCAUCAUGCCCAUGUGGUCCAACGCAGCCUGUCGCGCCGCCUAUCGUGGCAAGCAGCACAUCACGCGCUCCAUGGUCUGCGCAUCAGUGCCGAACAAACGCGACUCCUGCGAUGGCGACUCCGGUGGUCCCAUGGUCUAUCAUGGCGAACUUGUGGGCAUUGUGUCCUAUGGCUACGCUUGUGCCACAAGCUUGCCUGGUGUCUACACCAGUGUUCCUGUUGUGCGGCGUUGGUUCUACGAGAUUGUCAAAUACUAUUCCUAAGUCAACAUAAGUGUAGCCUAAUCUCUGCUUUAAGUCACCAUAAAUUAGUUUAAUGUGUCACAACUCAUCGCAGCUAUAGUGAACACUCCAAAUUAUGUAAGCUUGCUUUUCUGAAAGUCUUUUAUGUGUAAAGCUAAUGUAUCCCUUGUAAAACAAAGUAAAGAUAAAUAAACUAAAU